CCGAAGUUCCCCAUUUGCUGAUUGUUGGCGGUGUUGUUUGUUUUCRAAUGCAUCCUCCGCUACGUCUGGUGCAGACACAAUGUCUACGUCAAGAGGCGAGGAGCAGCCUACGGGGACCUCGGGGAGGGAGUCGACGAACGCAAAAUCGUGGUCGAAUCAUGCGCACACGAAGUGGUUCGUCGAUUGGUGCUUCGCCGAAGAUGACAAGCCCAYGAAACCGCCUUGCGGUCCUGUCAUCUUCGUGGAAGAUAGAAAAGGACGAAGAGUGCUCGGCUUGGUCAAGGGAUGGCAGCCAUCGAAAAACCUCGACAAGCAGUGCUACCUGAUGCAUGUCGUUUACAAUUCGAAGGGCGACGUUCUAGCAGGUCGCUUCGAUGACAGCGAGGAGGAAGAAGAGGAGGACACGCGAGUUUCGCCGCAAAGACUCAGAGAUCGCGGGACGCUGAGAAUUCCGGGGGCUGAGAGAGGGGCAACGGUCGUCGAGCAGCCGUCGACGUCSGGUGGCCGUCGCGGCUUGGGGUCGGAGGAAAGGACAGUUGGCGUCGUUUCCGGCGGGGAGGGAGGGAAACAGCAGUCUACACAAAAGAGAAGGGGAGGUUCUGAGGGGGAGGCGUCGGGAGCUAAAAAGAAGCAGAAGACAAAGAUCCCACAGCAGUCAGGGGGGAAAAGGAAGGCAGCUGAGGGGCAUGCCGGCGCGUCGAGUCAAAAGCGCCCGACCUCAGCUCAAAAGCCACCCGAGUCGGCCCCUGUCCAGGCCAGAGGUGUCAUCGACAUCGACGCGGCAUACUUCCUAGAAUGGGAAAACGGCGUGCGAACAAAGCGGGAGUUCGCCAKUAACCCGUCGCAAGUCGUCGACAUCGGCGAGUGGGAGGCGACAUACAACCAGCGUUCCUUGGAUCCCCUGCAAGUACGGGACAUUAUUGACGCAAUGACGACGGCCUACUCUCAGGCCGAGAAGACUUACGAGCUGCCGACACUAAAGCUCGCGACCCUUGGGCUGGUUAAACCGACGCCCGGGGUGCAGGCGGAUCGUUUUAAGCCGGAGGACUGGAAGGACGAGCUGGCAGGGCAAUACUACUACUACACUAUGGCGGGCCAGCAUAACGCGGCUGCGGCCAGGGCGCUGCUUGGCACCGAUGUGGUGGUGAGGUACAACUUCGAGCGCUGGCCUGCACGAAUGGUGUACUUCUCGGACGAGGACUUUGAGGGGGAAAAGCGCAUGGGAAACCGGGAUGGAAUUUUWCGAGAGAUGGGAAACAGRCAGACUGCUGGCACCGGAAGGAGCGAAGUGGAUCGCGAAGAAGAAGAAGGUGCAGGGCCUCAAGCCAAGUGUGAGCCACAUCAAAACGAGAAGGACGGGCGAAAGGUGGUCGUCUACAAUGUCCCCGUCGAAGGGCCGCAAAAGAAAGGCAAGAAGGAAAAAGAGCCAGGCGACUCGUUCGUCCAGGUCACCGAGCCGGAUCCGCACUGCUGGAAGAGCAUGGAGGCCCUUACCGACAAUGAGAAAUGUCGGUUGUUGAAGAAGGUUCUCAACUGCGAGGUGGUCUGGGUGCAGACAGGGUCCUCUGCGUUGGCUAAGCAAGGGAAGCUAAGGAUGCAAGAGGUAGUGCAACUGCUGAAGUGCGAUCGCAUAUUGGUGCGGUUGUGGAACUACUACCAGUUCAAGCAUGAGAACCGGCCAGACAUGACGUCAGAGAACAGCAACCUGCAGCCCGCUGACCCGGCCAUCAUUGCCACUGCUGAUCGCUUGUUUUGGGAACUUCAUGACAAGCAGUGGUUGGAACUAUCUGACGAUUUCUAUGACCUCCAGACGAGCCCUUCGAAGAAAAAGGUGAACUGGAAAGUACCCCUGUCGACAAGGACCCAGGGUAGUGUGGGAGGAGGACCUCCGAGCCCCCCCGGGGCCGGAAGGGGGGGAGGCAGUGGCCACGAGGAAGGAGGUGGCGGAGGCAGUGGCCAUACGACAUCAGGGGGAAGCGCGCCGRCAUCAUCGCCUGCCCCUGGCGGUCAGGGCAGGAUCGCGCACAGCGGCAUGGGGGAAGGGGGGGUGAACGUCACACACUCCCCAACAGCAGGGAGCGGCAAGUCGGGGAAGUUCGCCCGCAUCCGAACAUCGCAGACGGAGGACCCAGUGCCCGUGGAGGCAGCGAAGUCGGCCGGCAUCCGCACUUCGACGACUCUGGAGCAGGCGGCCCUUCCCUCGUGGACUGCUUUCGGCUCCUCCGGUGAAGUGGGGGGGGGCUCAUGUGCAGGGGAUCUUGUCUCCGCCGUGAAGGGCAAGUCCGUGGGCAUCCCUACCAGGGCGGACGACGUUCAGGCGAGUGUACCGGUCCAGUGGAGCUCUMCAGGAGCACAGGCGUCGGAGAUGGGCGCYGCCCUGGCUGUGCGGGAGGCGACGCCGCCGGCCCUUGGACAAGGCCGAUCUGCGGAGUCACAGAGAGAGAUUGCUGGUGCAGCGCUGUCCGCCUUCCUUGCGACGAAGUCYGCCGGUAUUCGUACUUCGUCUGUGACGUGCCUGCAGUCGGAGGGGGCAGGGACGGAGGAAGGUGCUACGUCUGUUCAUACAGACGACCGCUCCUUGGGAUCCGCCUUGAUGCGGCUGCAAGGAGCCGAGUCGCGUGAGACUGACGGGGGGGACGAAUGGGUGCAAGUCGAGGGCGGGGAAGAAGGGGGAGAAUGGGAGGAGGGGGGAGAAGGAGACGAAGGGUGAGAGAAGGAGUUGAUUACAUUGCGCGACGGGGAAGA